ACGACUAGCAUUUUUUUUUUCUCCCCCAGCUAGCGGUGUAACGGGGACAGUUUCUCAAUGGUUCCUAGUUCGGUUUAAUGUUUAAAUACUUCUCUUUUCGUCACCCCGGACAAAGCGGUACCCGUUGAGAGGUCCAGGCCGCAGGCUCGGUAGCGUGCAUUAGCUAUACUUGUAGGAGGGGGUGUUACCAGAGAGAGAAGUUGAAUGGAUCCGAGGGUAGCUUGGAUUCAGCCCGAACAGAAAGGACCUGCGAACGCCUUAUGGAUGCACGUCUGGGAGACCUCUCAGGGAGUACGGACACUCUCCGCUCAGCACCACCAGCUCCACAACCAGAACCACAACCAGUGCGUGAAUUACGCAGCGUUGGAUGUUUUAAAAAAUGUGGCCACCGCGGUGGUGGCAUCGGGCAACAAGAAGAGCAUUUGCAGCAGUAACGUUACUGCCGGUUUGAGCAACGGCAGCAGUAGCCAUCGCAGCAUCAUAAACGGCACUACUACUAGUAUUAAUGGCACUGCGCUGUCCAACGGGAAUGUAACACACAACUCUUUCACCGCGACGCACGCAGCUGAUCCAGGAUCCGUCUCGUCGUCGUCGUCGUCCUCGCAGGAAUCCCGGACCGACAGUCCGCCUUCUUCCAGCUGCUCGCUCGAAAGGACUACUACUGUUGGAAAUGCACCGGGCAACGUUAAUAAAAACGUCGGGGGUGCCAAUCUGCUCUUCAACGUGAGGGACAGCAUGGACAAUAAUGUCAACCUUUACCACCAUCAUCGCCACCAUCAUCAUCAUCACCUACAACAGGAGCACCCGGCUUUUAAUUUACAGCAGAUUUGCGUGAAGCGCCAUCAGGUCCACCCCUCUCCUUUACCUGUAAACCACACACACAACCAUCACCACCCGGGCCGGAGGAAAAUUGACAACAAAGCGAGCACUUAUGGGAUGAAUUACUUGCUUUCAAACUGCACUAAUGGCAAUUACGCGAGCACUUGGACGCCUUGGAAGACGAGGAAGUACAGCCCCGGGGUCCUCGGACUCCAUGAGGAGGUGAUGGACCUCUACAACUUCAUGUCUCCUCGGCCAGAGGAAGCAGCUAUGAGGAAGGAGGUGGUGAGCCGGAUAGAGAUGAUCAUUAAGGAGCUGUGGCCCACUGCAGAUGUCCAAAUAUUUGGCAGCUUCAGCACAGGGCUGUACCUUCCAACAAGCGACAUUGACCUGGUGGUGUUUGGGAAGUGGGAGCGCCCCCCGCUGCAAGAGCUGGAACAGGCUCUCCGCAAGCACAACGUGGCCGAACCGUUCUCCAUCAAAGUGCUGGACAAAGCCACGGUGCCAAUCAUCAAGCUGACCGACCAGGAGACCGAGGUGAAGGUGGACAUCAGCUUCAACGUGGAGACUGGAGUGAAGGCGGCGAGCUUCAUUAAGGAUUAUGUUAAGAUGUAUCCAGUGCUGCCUUACCUGAUCUUUGUCCUCAAGCAGUUUCUGCUGCAGAGAGAUCUAAACGAAGUCUUCACUGGAGGAAUCAGCUCGUACAGCCUGAUCCUCAUGGUCAUCAGCUUCCUACAGCUCCAUCCUCGUAUCGAUGCCAGGAACCCCAGUGAGAAUUUGGGCGUGCUGCUGAUCGAGUUCUUCGAGUUGUACGGCCGCCAUUUCAACUACCUGAAAACUGGGAUCCGCAUCAAAAGUGGAGGCGCAUACUUGGCCAAAGAGGAGAUCAUGAAGGCCAUGACCAAUGGAUACAGACCAUCCACGCUGUGCAUAGAGGACCCGCUUCUCCCAGGUAAUGACGUGGGGAGGGGCUCCUAUGGUGCCAUGCAUGUCAAGCAGGUGUUUGACUAUGCCUACACUGUGCUGAGUCAUGCUGUGUCGCCGCUUGCACGGUCGUAUCCCAACAAAGACUCUGAAAGCACCUUGGGGAGGAUAAUCCGGUUGACCCAGGAAGUUAUCGACUACAGGGAAUGGAUCAUUAAGAAGUGGGGGGGCAGGGAUCUGGCGCGAACAGACAACAGAGUUUCACCUCCCAAGGAGCCGGCGUCGGAGCGGGAGCCCUGUAUGCUCGGCGGGGGUGUCGGGACGGAGGAGCAGCAAAGAGAAUCGGUGUCGCCCCACAGCGCCGACUCGCCCAUGUCCAUCUCCAGCCCCCAGCAGCACUCCUCCGCCUCCUCCGUCUCCUCGCUGUCUGGAUCAGACAACGACUCCGAUUCAGCGCUGCCGUGUCCCGUCCCUCCUCCAGCCAUGCCGCCGUACCCGUCUUUCCCUCCUCUGGGCCUGGCUUUGCCACCGGGCCUCAACAUGGGCACCUGCAAGCCCGGCAUGGGAGGACACCAUCUCCUCCUGCAUCCAGGCUCGCAGGCUCGCAUCACACUGCCCGUUGGUCUAGCAAUGCACUCCAUGCCUGGCAGACAGGUGUGUAUAGACACCGGGCUCCCCCCCUUCUUCCACAUGCCCCCCCCAGCCCAUGCUCAUGCCCCCGCCCCCUCCAGCCCCCAGUCUCCGCCCAGCCCCCACUCCAGCCACACACACAAGAACGGAGCCAAGUUCAACGUGAAGGGCUUCCACAACCCGCCGCUGGUCAACAACCCGGUCCUGGCUAACCGCGGACACACACACAGUCACACACAGUACCACCGCAACACUUGGCGACGCAGAAAGAGGGACAGCCUCCCGGUCAGCCUCAGCAGAUAGGAACCCCUCUUGGGAUCCCUCUCCUCUCCCCUCCUGGCUCUGCGUUCGUCUCCAGGGAGGAUGGACAGACAGACAGACAGGCCGACGGAGGACCAGAGACCAGCAGUUUUCACUCUGGGGCUGCCGUGAGAUGGAACUACAGCCCCCAGCUCUGCAUCUUCCUCCUACUGUCUCUUCCCGCAUGACAUUUGUAAUUUCAGUAUUACGUUACUUUCAGUAACCUCAUCUUUGUUGCAGGUCUUUUUUGUUUAUUUUUGUGAGACUUGGCGGUGAAGCCAUUGCCAAGUCCACUUGACCUCGUCUCGACCGCUGCAGCCAAGCUGCCCGUGGUUCAGUGUUACUUUUUUUGUUUUUUUACAGUUUAUACACUUUUUCAUUUGUGCAAUAAUGUUAUUUUUCUUUUUUGGAACUAAAGUAAAUGCUUAUUUAAUUUUGUGUGUGUAUAUGUAAAGGCAUUUUUAUACAGUUGUUUUAUUUUUGUAGAGUUUUACAUUUUGUUUACGAAACCUUUCCCCAGGCAGCAUCUCUGGAGUCGUUGUGUGUGCGUGUGCGCGCGUGUGUGUGUGUGCGCGUGUGUGUGUGUGUGUGUGUGUGUGUGUGUGUGUGCGCGCGUGCGCCUGUCUGUCGUCAGGUCGAGAUAGACCCCGGUUCAAAGACACCCCACCCCCCCGAUCUCUUCUUCUCUCCCUGACUUACUUGUGUUGUUCUGUUUGAUAAAGAGAAGCGGGAACAGAAAGGGAUACGGAGCUCUUACCUUCAGAUUCCUUCCCUUUUCCUCCAUCAGUCUUGUGAAAAUGGUCGAGGUUAACGAGAAAUUCCUCGUGGAAGUUAUGUUCCUCGGUCCAGUUUGUCUCAGGCUUCCUGGAGGGACGUGGGAAGGAUGGAAGUUGCACCCUGGGAUAUCCCGAGAAGCCAGAGUUGAGGAUGUAAUCCUGUGUUGGCCCAGAAGAGGUCGCUCCUGAGCAGAUGGAGCUUCAGCAGUGCUACCUCCAGGUCGUAUGUCUGUGCGUGUGUCCCUUGUGGGACUGUGCUUGUUGUCGUAUUUGGUCUUUCGGGGGAAGGCGGGCAGUGACCUGCUAGUUUUGUGUCGUCCAUCUUUCUCUCCACCGGAGGCAAUUUUUUUUUUAAAAAGAAAAGCUUCCCGACUGCAGAGUUUUGGCCUGAAAGAGCCCGUUCUCUUAAACAUAUAUGCUCGUGUCUUUUCAUUUCCGUGGUCGUCUUAUUUUAUUACAUGUUGUCGGAGGGUUGGGGCCGAGAAGGCAACAGCUCAUCUAACUUGAAUUUGAAGAUCAAUAUUAGAGUCAGAGUGCAGACAAAAGAGCCUCCGAUUCCAGGUUCAGAAGAACCUCUACUCGAGGGGCGUGUGUUGUGGAAAUCUGAUCCCAGGGCUGAGGUCAACUCUCGCCCGCAGCUGUAAAUCAGUUCACAACAACACUAAGAUGCUUAGCGAUACGGUUUCCUCCUCUAUGGUCCUGGACGGAGGAGGAGGAGGAGGAGGAGGGAGGGAGAGAGAGCGGGGGUCUUCUUGAACCAAGGACCCUCCUGAAAGGGAACUCGUAUUUUGAUUCCAUUGAGGAAUCUCGUGUAUAUUUGAUUGCCAGGUACUUCCGCCAAUUGUUUGCAAUGCCUUCCUUUGUGUUUACUCGGAGUGUGCGUACGUCGUUUUUUCCGCGAGCACAAACGUGUCACGCAAACACACACACACCUGCAGACGUGACUCGCCCAGAACACUACACACGCUGGUGUUAUUACUAUGCAAGUGGAUUAUUCUAAUUAUUGUGUCAACUCUCCUCUUUCUGUUUUAUUUAGUUUUCUCCCCAAAAUGACAAAACCCUGCUUGUUGGACUGGAGUAAUGUUACUGACUGUCAAGACUUACAAGUCAACUCAUGUGAACUACAAGUCCAUCCACUGACCCCCCCCCUUGUGUUUGUAUGAAGGUCCUGAUAUGUUUUCAAAGUCUAGUUUUCCACAUCCGUCAGUCACACGUGAGGAGUGUACGGAGGGAUGUUGAUGUGGGUGGUUGGGUCUGGGUCUGUGUAGUGUGUGUGACCUAGUGAAACGUGUGUGAGAACGUAUCGAGACUCAUGACUCGCCACCACCGCUUUUUAAUCAGAUGCUUCGUGAGCCAAGUGCACCCGAGAGAGCGACUUGCACUCUUGCAGGUGCACUUCAGAAGGGCCAGAGUGUCCACCAACGAUUCUUUGACUCUGUUCAGUACUGUUACACUAUUUGUGUUUCCCUUUUCAUCUUUUAAACCAUGGCAACUCUGACCCCACAGUCAAAACCGCACCUGGCAUCAAUUCAAUCUCAGAUGAAGGGUUUCGGUUUUGACCGAUGGCUCAGCAGAUUAUGAGCUACUCAUCAUGUCCAGAUAGAGAAAGUCCUCUCACGUUUAAUGAUUUGACCCAAAUAACAAUCAUUAUGGAAGCCACAGACUUCUCUUAGAUGUGCCCAGACAUACCAUCGUACCCUUUCACCCUGUUUAUUCCCUACAGGGGAUUAUUUCCAUCCAAAGGGAGGUGAUAGCGUUGGUGCAUGAAAUGCUCAGUUCCAUGCACUCCUAGCCUGAUUAUCAAUUGGAUAACAAGGUGAAUGUAGUUUCCAGCUGCAUCCCUGACAGCCACUUCUGCUUUUUAGCGAUUUAGAACCAGCAAUGAUGAGAGGCUGAAAAGAUGAAAUUGGUGACGGAAGGUUGUCGACUGGGUUUGAGUUGCCUGCAUCUCCACACAGCAAAACGACUUGACAUGCAGUAUCCUGGAAGUCUGUAUGGAUUCAAACCUCAGCGGCUCGGUGCGCCUCACUCUCCUUGUUCACGUCUCCAGAUGUGGUGUGAAAAGGAAGCGACAGAGUGGCCAGGACCGCUGAGAUUUAUUGCGUACAUGUAGAUGCAAUGUAAUAUUACCCCCCUCCUUCCCUCCCUCCCUCCCAUUGCGAUACAAUGAGGGAUUUUAAACUGGCGGCUGCUGUUUAGAGAGAAGCGGCAGCCUCUCUUUGUCCUGGCUGAUUCAUGUGAGCAGUGGCCCUCUGAAUGGACACGGAGCUACCGGUGGCCGGAGGGAACCACUGCCCAGCUUGUGGUUGUCGUUGUUUUUUUUUGACAUUUUUAAUGUAAAUAUAUUUUUUUCUAUUUUAUUUUUUAAUAAACAUUUUAAAACUGCCAGUCAGCGUGUGUUUUGUUUUGUGUGUUGACAGAUUCACAUGGGCACUUAAUGCUGCAUUAAUACAACAAACAAACAUUAUCAAACAAAGCUCUCAUGGUAAAAAUAUAAGCAAAGAGUUGGCAAAUGUAGGCCCUGUAUCGGUCUCCACUAUGUUGUUCUGUGUGUUUGGUGCUGUGCCGGUAAUAUACAG